AUGGGUCAGCCGAAUGAUGUUGAGCAAGAGAGAAUCCGCGAUCUUUCCAAAUAUUAUUGUACCUUCGAUCAACUCUCAACCUCAGAUCUGGAAGUGGAUGAGGUCCCACGGGAAACACCCUUCCCUCGUCUUUCAAAUGAUACCACCUUGACCGCCCUGACCCAACUGGGUGUCUAUCGCUUUGGAUGCAAUCGGUCCUUCGUUUCAAUCAUCGAUGGAGAAAGUCAACAUGUCAUUGCAGAGGCAACUGCCUCGAUCUCUCUUCGAAACAAAGAUCUUCAUCGCCCGGACGAUGGUAUCUUCCUGGGGGUCAACACACUUGACUUGGAAUGGGGAGUGUGUCCCCACGCCAUUCGACUUUUCACCGGACAGGACCCUUCCCAGAUACUAGACACGGAGAAUAUAACGGCCAACCAGACGCGCAACAUCAUUCGCGAUUUUACCAAGGAGGAUUUCUACAAAGAUCGCUCAUAUGUGCUCAACUGGCCUUUCUUUCGAUUCUACGCGGAGGUGCCAUUGUACAGCCCCUCCGGGUUCGUACUAGGUUCGUAUUGUGUGGUGGACAACAAGCCACGAACGGUGUUUGGAGACGAAGAUGUGGCUGCUCUUCGGGAAAUUGCGGACUCGAUCUCAAACCACCUUGAAAAUUCGCGGAUCGUUCAAUACCAUCGUCGUUCGGAGAACUUGGUCAAAGGGUUAACAAACUUCGUCAAAAAUCAUUCGAAAUUUGACCCUACUGGCUCUUCCACUCAAGGCCAGAUUGAAGCAUCUGCCAAGAAGCUCAAUUCUGAGGAUUUGGGGCUAAUAGCUAUUCCAGCCGAUGUGGGUGGAACGCUCGAUUCUUUGCCCACCGAAAAGGAUGUUGGUGUCUGUUCAUCCCUUGAUGAAAGAUCAUCCACAAGUCUUAAUGGAAAGGAAGUUUCGAUAUUUUCUCGAAACAGUGCUUCCAAGUCAAACUAUACACAACCAUCAUCGCUUUCUCGAACCUCGGACCGAGUGGAACCGCUUCCCUCUUCCAUGGAAGGAAGCCCGGAAUCAUUAGUGCCAGAAAAUGUGCCUAUCGCUGAACGCGUAGCUGCGAUAUUUGCCCGUGCCAGUCUCCUACUGAGAGAUUCUUUGGAUCUGGAUGGCGUGGUCUUCCUUGAUGCCCACCGGAAUGACCCGCAAUUCGAAUCUUCUGGGCGGCAUGAUGAUUGGGACGCUUUGUCGAAUUUUGAGACAGGUUCGCCAAUUACUUCAGGCGCUAGCCCCUGGGGUCCUCCUAAUACAAAUUUGCCCGAAGAUGCAGAAAACUACUGUGGUUCCUUGGGCCAGGCUACAAGCUGCAGGCCAGCUACGACCAAUUCUGAGUCAAAAUUCCAGGUCAAGGUGACGGAAGAGUUGCUGCAUUCGUUGAUCACACACUUUCCAGAUGGUCACAUUUUCGACAUAGACAGCACGAGUAAUCCUCCCAGCCCCCUAAACUCUGCAAGUGGCAAUUCGAAUGUUUGCGCUCCCAAUUUCGAAAUCAUUCGGCAGAUCUCUCAUCGUCUCGCUCGUCAACUCCCCGAAGCCAAAUGUGUCCUUUUCUAUCCUCUGUGGGAUUGGAACAAAUCAAGAUGGCUUGCAGGUACACUGGUAUGGGUAAAUGGAAGCCAUCGUCCUUUGGGCACAGAAGACCUGCACUACUUUAAAGCUUUUGGAGAUUCUAUGAUCUCCGAAGUAUCUCGGAUACACUGGACCGCCAGUGAGAACUCGAAAUUCGACUUUGUAACUUCUAUCAGUCAUGAACUUCGCUCACCACUACACGGGAUUCUCGCCAGCGCAGAGCUACUACAUGAUAUUCCACUUCAGACUGCGCACCGUGAUAUGGUUGAUAUGAUCUCAACGUCAGGUCUCACCUUGCUGGACACAAUAGAUCACCUGCUGGAUUACUGUAAAAUCAACAACUUGGCAACCACACAAAGCCUCAGCGUGACCAACACUGAAGAUUCUUCAACAACCCUAGUAUCUGACUUCAGUCUCGAUUCCUUGGUUGAAGAAGUGGCCGUGAUACUCCAUAGCGGCCGAAAGGCACCCGGGCCUGUCUCCUCUCUUGCAAGUGAAACAGCUACUGCUACUCCGUCCUCCCAACCCAUCUCUCAUAUUACUCGAAAUGGCGAUGAAUUGUCAGUGAUAGUAAACAUCGAGCAAUCCGGAUCCUGGAAUAUCCGAUCAGUCGCGGGUGCCUGGAGGAGAAUAGUCAUGAAUCUGCUCGGCAACGCAAUGAAAUGGACGCAUUCCGGCCUCAUUGAGGUAUCGUUGUCACAAGCUGCAGCUCAAACUCAAGCAGAACCUCGCCAUAUCCAUCUCCGCAUCACAGACACUGGCCGAGGAAUUAAACAAGACUUUCUUAGAAACUCGGCAUUCUCUCCAUUCGCCCAGGAAGACGCCCUGUCAGAUGGUGUUGGACUUGGACUCAGCGUUGUGCAUAAGCUAGUGACUUUCCUGGGUGGUCAUCUAAAAAUGAAGAGCGAAAGCGGUGUUGGUACCCAGGUCGAUGUUUAUAUCCCCGCACAGCACGCCAAGGACCAUGUUCCCAAGUUAUCCGAUGAUGCUUCCUCAUUAACAAUUCAAAGACACAAGGACCCUCUGAAGGCAUGCCUCGUUGGGUUUAACGGCUGUCCUGACUUGACGGAGACGCCCACUGGUAUCCUGAGCUCCGAUGCGAGACGAAUGCUUUCUGUUCAAAGUACUCUCGCCAAUGUUUUCAGGGUGCAACUCGGAUGGCAAAUCGCACUGGCAGGCUCACUUGAGAAGGGAGAGGGUGACAUCGCGGUCAUCGAGGAGGCAAAGUUCAACGCUCUAUUCAAUGACCAAUCACCGUCUACUAUGAAUGCCGGCCAUCAUUUCAAAUUCUUCAUUAUCUUGGGCAGCACGGCAUCCUCGCUAGGAUACUCUCUUCCUGCGAAUGCCAUCCUGAUGCCGCAACCAUAUGGUCCUCAGAAGAUCCGUGAAACCGCUCAAAGAAUCAUGGAUCUGCACAAAUCACAACCUCAAAUCGGUGGCCUCGAAGCUCUAGUUGCCGUUCCACCAACAAGCUAUGAAAUUCUUCCGUCAGAACCUACCCCUCCGAAUCUACCGGAAAUAUCGAAAGACCUUUCACAGGAACCUCCAGUUGAAUUGGUCUGUCCGAGUCCUCCUAUUCGGGGCUCGCCGAUUCUAUCGAAUGGUCAAAUGAACGAUAUGCAUGUUCUCAUCGUAGAUGACAAUGACAUCAAUCUCAAGAUCCUCGCUACGUUCAUGCGAAAACUUGGCUGUAGUUACGACACAGCUUCUAAUGGACUGAUUGCAUUGGAACAGGUUGAAUCUUCAAGUCGAAGAUAUGACUUGAUAUUGAUGGAUUUGUCAAUGCCUGUAAUGGACGGGUUGGUUUCAACCAGCAAGAUCCGACAACACGAAAAAGACCAUGGUCUCCAACCCUCCCGCAUCAUGGCUGUGACAGGCGUCGCUUCGGAUACCAUGCAACAGGCGGCGGUGACCGCAGGUGUCGACGACUAUCUCGUCAAACCUCUCUCUCUCCGUAUGCUGAAGAAGCUUAUAGAACCUAUACUCUAA